UUCUGCCUGUGUUGGUGAUGUUGGCGACAGUGUGCUCCUGCUACGACCCAUUUGAUUGCCAAGAUCUUCAUCUCCAGCUCAGUUACUGUAAAAGAAUGUGGUCGAUACCUCGAGUAGCGGAGAUCCCCAACCUACUGCUGGUGCUGUCCUGCCUCCUGGUGCACACCCACGGCUUCACGGCUGGGCAAAUUUUAGAAAAACGUUCAGGGAGACAGGAAAUAGCUGGCCAGCGUAGCGACCUCCGUAUCCUCAACCCUGACGAAGAUUGUGACGAUGAAGAACCAGAGGUUCAUGGAACGUGUUCGUGCUGCUACGGGAACGAAUUCUACACACAUGGGUCAGUUGUCCACACCGACGCCAAGAAGUGCAUACAGCUAGUGUGUCACGACGGAGAGAUUGUCUCCAAGUACACCGGCUACUACUACUGCAGCUCUUGUUGUGAGUACAAUGGACAGCUGUACAAUCACAAUGAACAUCUGCCACUGCCGUGCGGCUAUAUGAGGUGUUCAUAUGGCAGCUGGUACGUCUACGACAGCAUCGACCACUGCUGCUCCCACUGUAUACUAUAUGAUGACAUCCACAUCGUCACCUUCGACAAUAGAUACUACGACUUCCACGGUCACCUCAACUACUCCCUCGCCCAGUCCGACACAUCGUACAGCCCAGAGGUGGGCGUAUUUGCUGACUUCAAGCCAUGUUCGUACAGCGGCCUGGUUUCUUGUCUCGACAAGGUCACAUUCAGGGAGAAUCCAAACACCAUCGUCACCAUCGACUACAGCGACUUGGGCACUAUUCAAGUGAACGGAGAGUGCUACAGCCUGGCCAGAUUAACAAACUAUUGGUAUGCCUAUCCGCUGGAGGUGAACGGCGUCACCUAUCCGAUAAUCGUAGUCAAGAUGUCCUUCGAUUGCGUUAAGUUUGUUGGCCACACUUCCAAGAUCACGUUGAUAGUCUGCCCACACCGUGUUGACGUGUUAGCCCACCCGAGCCUCUCUGACGGUCUGGAUGGUCUUUGUGGCCACUACAACAACUACCAGAAUGACGACUUCACCAGCCGCUCUCUUACCGUCUAUCCUUUAUACAAAUACCCUCUGGACUUCCCGCUUUCUUGGCUGACAAACGACCAGUGUGGCGAGGAUUAUCAAAGUGACUGCCCUGAGCCUCACCUGGGAUGCUCUGGCGCAUAUACGUUCUCACCGUGCAUGGCGAACACCAAUGAAAUGUAUAACUACUACUGUCAGUGCUUAAAUUACUUGUACUUCUUGUUCUACCUUGAGCAUGAUCUUCAUCACCUGCAAUCGUGUGUCUCUGACCUCUGCAUGUUGUACCAGAACGGCCAGAGCAGUUACGUCAACACUUGGCUGAUGACCCUGAAGGACAACGCUGACACUAGCUGCUUUUUCUACUAUAACCAUGCAGAUUUCUCUAAUGGGUGGCCAGCCUGAACAUAUGAUUAUGAAGCGAAGUAUUAUGCAUUUACUAUGGUCUGGACGAAGAGAAGUACAUUACUACAAGAAGGAACACCAGAAGUGAACGUGUGAAGUGGACGUUAGACAUGAACUCCACAGUAAACAGCUGAGGAAGACAUCGCGAGUGAACAGGGACAACAGGAACCAACAGCAGCAGUCAACAUCGGAGGUGAACGGUAGUCAUAAGCAACAGAAUCUGUUGCGUUUAAAUGCCAAAUAUUAACACCAAAAGUGAACAGUAUUGAACAAGCUCUGAACACCGCAAGCACCAGUAAGACUGUUGAACAAGACAAUAUGAUAAUCAAUUCCCUGGCGUCAGUUGUCGAAGUCGUCCCAAACUUAUACCAACGAUUAUUAUUAAGUCACCAGUAAUUCCUCGCCGCGAGACAUGAGAAAUUCUCGUUCACCCAACAACUGAAACUAAAACUGAAAAUCCCUUACCACCGACUAGUGGAGUUUGCUAUUCGAAAACAUCUGAAAUCAAACCAGAAAUUAUCAAAUAUUUGGAAUCAUUCGUUCAAAAUUUCCAAACAUCUGGAGUCCUAAGUAAACAUUACAAAACAUCUGGCAUCAUACUUUAACAUUCUUAAAGAUAUGGAGUUAGGGUUUAAUAGUUAUAAAAAAGAAAUCAACAUCCCAAUUUAGUUACCCUCUUCUUCAUAAUAUUCACAUUUACUGUAAUAUUAUUAUAUGAACUGUUGUUAUUAUUGUUAAGAUGUUAGCAACAAUAAAUUUGGAUAGUCAGUG